CAGUUGCUCUUGAGUCACCGUUGAGUUAAGUUUGGCGCGCUUUUGUACCGUGUCACGCGUUGCAAGAAAACAGUGAAGGUUCACCUUACGAUCGUUCCAAACACCGUCAAAUCUGUUAUUUAAAUAAAAUUGAUCAUCUCCAAUUUCCGCGGUAAGACGCACGUCUGUGACCAAGAAGCAGAGGAAACUGCCUUAGCAUUACGUGAUGGUGCUGUGUGACAAUGAUUUGGAUACCUCGAGUAUAUCACAAAAGUGGCAGAAAUUGCGAAGAAGAUGUGCCAGCUUUAAGGCAACAGCAUCUGGACCGUCCUCACUGGAUUCCGACACUAAUUACAUACUAACAGAUGCUCCAUCCUCAUAUACUCUCCUUGCACCACGAGAUGACCAACUGACAACAUGGAAAUGCAACGAGAGUAAUCAUCUCUGGCGCCGCAGUGACUCGGCAGACAAAUACAGGUGCCCAGAGUAUCGCGAUAUUAAUGUUAACCGGCCAAAUGUUGCGGAUAAAUUGAGCACAAAGCCACCAAUUGGCUUGAGGCCCGAGUCUUGGCGUGAUCACGAUUGGGAGUACUCAGUAAAGCGCUAUGAAGACCUGCCCGAAACUCCCAGAGUCAUGGGUCGCAGGGAAAGGCUUCAGUACUACAGUGCAAGUGACGAAAGGAGAUCCACAACACCUCAGCAACCCCGCAAGAAGCUCAGCUUCAGCAUGGACAGCGACAGUGGCAUUCCGGUGAAAGAGAAAGAAUCCUCCAAAUUUCCCCUCCUGAAAACCUUCAAGUCCGCUUCCAUGAGAUUACCCGGCCAGAAGUCAUCAAUUCAGGAAGUACAGCAACUCCUCCGCAAUAAAUUCAAUCGACUUCAUGCCGGCCUCCGGAAACGAAGAGCUCUGUCGGUACAGGAAGUCUUCCAGACUCCUCAACCAUCCCAAUUCUAUGUCCCAUCACCUGCCUACGAUGCUGAUGAUAUUCCAGAGAGCGAUGGACCUUCAUCCCUUCCAUACAGCGCGAACACCAAUGAUCGUUCACGGAAUCCCGAUCGGAAGCAUCAGACCACGAAAUUACCAACGCGAUCACCGCCAUCGAGGAACGGAAGUGUGUCUCGAGGAUCAAUGCAAGGUGCUUCGAUUAAGGGUGCAAAACCGCCCAGUAGAUUGCAUGAGAAGCCACCACAAUCAUCUGCUACAAAAUUACCAGUCUCUGCAACGCCCAAGAGACCAAUUUUCGCCAUUGGCGGUCGUGUAAGUCAGACACCGGGUGUCCAGAAGAAUCCUCCGACUGAUGGUGGCCUCAAGGUUCGCAUACGGCCGCGGAGUCACUCACCGCUGAAGAACGGGACGACACGUAGCCGAGAAUCCGUGGGUUUCUUUGAGCGUAUCAACAAGUUGAUGGGUCAGCAACAGUUGCCGCCAAAACCUGUCACACUUGUCAACGGAAGUGCCCAGAAGAAGCGACCAAGCACAAUCGUCGCCACGACAAAGAGUGACACGGUUGUAGGGCGGACGCCUACGCCACCGGUUAGGAGGGCCCAGAAGAACCAGCAGGAAGCACCAAAACCACCCAACCGUGACCGGAAAUCCAAGCAGUCUGUCGCAUGUUUGGCCGACAGAGAAUUGAAUUCAGAGCUGUCGGAAGCAGAAGAAAGCAAAUUCUGUACACUUCCUCGUGGAGGAAAUGGCUUUACCAUCCGCCAAGCAAAAUUUUGCAAGGGAAAUGGCGCCAAAGGACUUGGAUUUUCCAUUGUUGGAGGAAAGGAUUCACCCAAGGGAGCUAUUGGGAUCUACGUGAAGACAAUUUAUAGUCAUGGCCAGGCAGCUGAGAAAGGAACACUCAAAGAGGGAGAUGAAAUUCUAUCUGUGAAUGGAAAGAGUCUCCAAGGACUUUCCCAUCAGGAAGCCAUUGAUGUAUUCAAGUCCAUCAAGACUGGCGAUGUUGUGAUGCUGCUGGGACGUCGGCAGCCAAAACGAUCCCCUGAAAGUUCUCAGAGGACAUGAACCAACUGAAAUCCCGAUUCAAUCCAUCUAAAUCACAGUAUAUUGAGUUAAUAGGUUAUCUUUACAAUUUUAAUCGCUACAUUAAUCACAAUUCAUUAAUAUUUUUAUUUUUUACGUUUAUCUGUGAUUUUUUUCAAACCUUCAUGUACAUAGCGCUUUUUUCGUAAAAAUUCUGCUUUCACUUGUGUGACAACUCUUUUUUUAAAUUCCAGACAAAAAAAUAUAUUGUUAACCAAAUAACCUGACCAAAUGUAUAAAUUUUUAAUUAAUACAACAACCAACGACAAAUUUACCAUUAUUCUAAAAAAAAGCAACUACAACUUUUAUACAGAAAGUAAAAUAUUAUACUGAAUUUGAAACAAAA